UGGGUAAAAGCAAACCCUCAGCAAGAGGUGUGCGUUUGUGUGUACUGCGCUAAUUUCCAGUUGUGCGUCUCUGCUAUCCGAAACAGUACUCGACGAUCCUUCAGCGGGGACUUACUUAAGUCUUACUACCUCUGUAGUGACGCUUCGGAGGCCUGUCGCCUGAAGAAUUGUAAUAACUGCCCAGGCGAGAACGGAAUUUCACUGCAAACACUAAACAUCGAAGACGACGAGGAAAUUAAAGUGGCAACCUGGGAGGGUGGAACACUGGUGAAGAAGGAAGUGGAGGCGUUUGUUUUCCUCACAGAGGUGAGGAAGUGGACGUCUGCACAUGUUACUCACGAGCACAUAAGGGCUAUUCAGAGCAGCGUCAUUCAUGAAUAUAAGUCGUGUCCAGCACCCAGAACGUACAUAGUUCAUUUUGACUUCGCUGAAAAUUGGACGGUUGUGUUACCAGAUGAAGUGCAGUCGUACCAUUGGAGCAAGAAGCAGAUAUCAAUCUUCACGUGUGUUGUUACCACACAACUUGAAAGACUGUGUUUUGCUGCAGUAAGUGAGGACCUCUCUCAUGACUCCGCGCAUGCACUGUUUGCAACGCAAGCUAUCGAGGAGUGGCUUGACGAAAAUAGAACUAUUGCCACGAACGUGGUGUACAUGUCAGAUGGUGCAGCGAGCCAUUUUAAGAACCGUUUCAGAACCGAGAGAUUGUAUGAGCUUUCAAAGACUGGGUUUGUCGAAGCAAGAUGGAUUUUCACAGCCACCGGACAUGGGAAAAGCGCAUGUGAUGGAGUAGGGGGAGUUCUGAAGCACCAUGCUACACUUCACAACAUGAGAUCUCCACCACAAGAAGCCAUCAUGACGCCCCAGGAUAUCAUCCAUCGGCUCUCAACGAAGCUGAAAGGAGUACACCUGUUGCUUCUUCCUGCAGAGCAUGUUUCAUCGUUUCGUGCAGCUAAGAAACAGGAAUGGGAGGGCUUAAAAGGUGUUCCUGGGAUACAGAUGUCUCAUAUGUGGAUAUGUAAUGCAACCAACGGGACUCGCCAGGUGUACAUGGCGAGGACUGCGAAGAGCGACCCUAAAAGGGUGUUUUCGGAAACUGCAGCGUUCAGCAAUAAAGAUGAACGCGUGUGCUUGCACGCUUCAUAAUCUUUUUUCUCACUGUCACUUUAUUAGUGGAAUGUAGCCGCGCCAACGAAGCCAACAGCGGUUCCGAUGCCGCUUUCGGAAGUAAGCGUAAUCG